AUGAGCUGCACACACGCGCUGCGGCACGCCGCCGCUGCAUCGCGGUCUUCCCCAUCCGCCGCCGCCAUCCUUGGACCGAGCUCGCGACGUUCCCUCGUCGCAUCGACGUCCAGCGGCUCUGCAGCGGGGGAAUGCUCGAAAGCCGCGUGCUCGUCGGCGCACAUUAUCACGUUCCGAAGGAAACAGAGCGCCUGGGCACAAGCGCUCAGCCACGCGAAGAACCUCGUUGCCGAGGCCGGGAUACACGCCGUGCGAUCCGCCUCUGCGCCACCAGCAGUGCCGGGUGCUGCCCUCAAUACGAUAUUGCCGACGACGGAUGAAGGCGCCGCGUCCAUUCCUUCGCAUUCUGCAUCACUCAAGGCAGCAGGCAAAGCGCGAGCGGCAGAUCCAACAGCAACGUCGUCAUCAUCGCCACAGCCAAGCAGAAGCAGUUGUCCUGAGAGGAGCACUUCGUCCACCGCCAUUAUCCGCGAUCCACUAGAAAUCGUCGGCGCAGAGCUCUCCUCUCUGCGCAAGAACGUCUCUUCGCUCCUCGGCUCAGGCCACCCCUCGCUUGACACGAUUGCAAAGUACUACUUCCAGGCAGAGGGCAAACAUGUCCGGCCGCUGAUCGUGCUGCUGAUGGCGCGUGCGACCAACGGGCUCUCACCGCUCUGGGACCAGCUUGUCCAGGGCGCCGGGUAUAUCGACCCUGGGCAUCGCAUCGGCGGACAGCAUGGUGCAGGAGCGGUAACGGCAGCAUCAGGAGGACUGGACGUCGACGAGCCUCUGAGCCCACGUGAAGUGCUGAACGACUUUAAUCCAGAUGUAGAAGGGAUUGAGUCUCCCUCGUCCGCAUCGCACACACACACACAUGCACAUGCACCCGCGCCUAGCCUCCUUCAGCAAGGCGCGUCGGCCCUCGCGUGCAUCCCGUCCAUCGGUGGCCAACUGAUCCUGCCGACACAGCGGCGCCUCGCCGAGAUCACCGAGAUGAUCCAUGUAGCGUCGCUCUUGCACGACGACGUCAUCGAUGAUUCGUCCCUGCGCCGCGGCGCGCUGAGCGCGCCCGCUGCGUUCGGAAACAAGCUCUCUAUCCUCGGCGGCGAUUUCCUGCUCGGCAGGGCCUCCGUCGCGCUCGCGCGCCUGCGCAACAACGAGGUCGUGGAGCUCGUCGCGACCGUCAUUGCCAACCUGGUCGAGGGCGAGGUGAUGCAGCUGCGCGCACAGGCGCUGCAGCAACAGGAGGGAGCGGCCAAACCGCGCAAGAGCGCAUUCAGCACGUUCUGGGAGGGCGCCAUCUCCGCGACGCCAGGGCCGUCAGAGGCAUCACGCGGGCCGACGCCAGAAGUAUUCGAGCACUAUCUGCAGAAGACGUACCUCAAGACCGCCUCGCUCAUCGGCAAAGCGGCGCGCGCUGCCGCGAUCCUGGGCGGCAAUGGCUCGGAAGCGUGCGCGUCCCUGCCGCCCGCCGCGCAGCAGCGCGCACGGGAGAUCCGCGACGCGGCGUACGCGUACGGGCGCAACGUCGGUAUCGCCUUCCAGCUCGUCGACGACCUGCUUGACUUCCGCGCCACCAGUGCCACCUUCGGCAAGCCCAGCGGCGGCGCCGACCUGCGUCUCGGGCUGGCCACUGCACCAGUGCUGUAUGCGUGGGAGCAGUUCCCCGACAGCGGGCUCGGAGAGAUGGUCGCGCGCAAAUUUGCCGAAACGGACGAUGUAGAAAAGGCACUCGCAAUCGUCGCCAAGUCCAACGGCCUGCUGCGCACCGCCGAUCUCGCCCGCGCGCAUGCAAAGAAGGCGUCCGAUGCCCUGCUCAUCCUGCCGCAGACCGAAGCGCGCGAUGCACUCAUCAAGCUCAAUGAGGACAUUGUCGAACGCGUCAAGUAG